AUGGGUAGUUACCAAAGCAACACAUCCAAAGGGUUUAGACUCACAUCUACGUGGGUGGAGUUCGAGGACGACUGGUUCGCUCAAGGGGCCUCCCGACGGGUUUACCGGGGAACAUAUCAUGGAAACCCAGAAAAGGAAGGGAAACGAUGCGUAGUUAAAGUUUACAAAGAAGAAUGGUUUGACAACAUUGAAGAAUAUGCGUGGAAAGUAGAUGAUCGUGCCUACCUAAAAGCUACUGAGAUGGCACAGUUGUUUAAAGUUCACGCAGCCAUGUACCGAACAAGCAUUCAUCAUGAGAUAGAGUUCGUUAAGCCCGAAUUCACCAGCGUUGACACCUGUGCUUCAUUCCGAUUGUUUGGCUUUCUGCCAAUGAAUAAAAAAGUCAAAGGCAAACUACCAUACACAAGAGACAGCGUCAAAAACGUCAUUCCUUCAAAUGCGUCGGUACUUGUCGAACGAUACCUUGAGGGAGAUUACAUCAAAUUCACGAGCAACACUGGAUUCGUAGACCCACAAAAAGGCGCUUUGCCAAAGGCCUUCAGUCAUUUUACUUAUCAUGCAUCAGGAGGCCAGAUUUUGGUCAGCGAUCUGCAAGGAGUGAGCAACGGCACAAGUUACACGUUCACCGACCCAGCUGUGCUGAGUGGAGGUACACAGCUUGGUUUUUAUGGCCCGACUGAUUUGGGGAAAUACGGCAUCGUAAAGUUCUUUCAGAAACAUAUUUGCAAUGAACUGUGUGAAAGGUUGAAUAAACCUACAAUCACGAAUGUUACACCGGCUGAAAAGGCGGUCUUCGAUACAAUUGUCAAUAACAUGCCAGACAAGAAGUCGUCAACGUACACAUAUCAGUUGAGUCAGUCGUCUGACGUUCCCAAGUCUGAAGUUGAAAACAUACAACAUAACCUCAAGCUGGAAUCAAUCCUAGAAGAAUGA